AGCAGGCAGAGGAGGGACAACUUGGGUGUCCGAGCCGCCACGGCGAUGGCCACGGCGGCGCCCUCUGGCAGGAGUCCGCCUGUGGAGUUGCCGUGAUGUUUGGCGGUGCUGCCGGGGGAGGCGGGCGGCGGCGCAGCGGCCGGGAUCCGGUUCCCGGAGUGUGAGCGGCGGAGCUCGCUCGGAAUCCACGCGCGGCGGAACUUGCUGGGCGUUCAUUGGCUCCGGGAGGUUGCCGUUCUCCCACGGAUCUCGCUCUCGCGCUCCAACCCGGCGGAUCGGCGGACCGGACCGGAUCAGGAUUCUUCAGGAAACCAGUCCCUCCUGUGUCCCAGGGCUUCCAACAACGGCACUAGGAUGGUGCCUCCCCCACCCAUUAACAAGCCCCACGUCUGCCUCUCCACCACCCUCAUCAUGAGCAGCAUGGUCCUGAUGGACGCCUACCUGGUGGAGCAGAACCAGGGCUCCCGGAAACUGGGCAUUUGCAUCAUGGUCUCUGUGGGGGACAUCUGCUUCCUGGUUGUGCUCAGGUAUGUGGCCGUCUGGGUCGGGGCCGAGGUGAGGACGGCCAAACGAGGCUACGCCAUGAUCCUCUGGUUCCUGUACGUCUUCGUGCUGGAGAUCAAGGUCUACUUCAUCUACCAGAACUACAAGGCGGACCGCAAAAGCUUGGACCUCAUGGCGCGCAAGGCUCUGACUCUCCUGCUCUCCAUCUGCAUCCCGGCCCUGUACGUGCUGCUGGUGGCCACAGAGCACAUGGAAUACGUCAGGACGUUCAAGAAGAAGGAGGACCUCCGCAACCGGCUCUUCUGGGUCAUUGUGGACAUGUUGGAUGUGCUAGACAUCCAGGCCAACCUUUGGGAGCCCCAGAAGAAAGGGCUGCCCAUCUGGGCCGAAGGCCUGAUGUUCUUCUACUGCUACAUCCUGCUGCUGGUCCUGCCUUGCAUCUCGCUGUGCGAAAUCAGCAUGCAAGGGAUCAGCAUCGUGCCCCACCGCAUGAUGCUCUACCCGAUGCUGAGCAUGCUCACCGUCAACAUCGCCACCAUCUUCAUCAGGGGGAGCAACAUGGUGUUUUUCAGGGACAUCCGGGUCUCCGGCAUCUUCAUGGGGAAGAACGUGCUGGCCAUCGCCCUCAAGGUCUGCAUGUUCGCGCAGUACAGGAAGCACCUGCGCCACGCGCCGGCAGGACCUGGCGCCGCGGCAGCAGACCCCCAGCACGGCGCCUCUGCCCAGACGCAGCCUGCCAUACACCUGUUGAAACCCCAAAACCAGACUCACUGUCCCGAAGGGCUGGCCCAGGAGAACACAUGACACGCUGGGCGUCCCCCCACCACCAGGCAGCAAGUAACACCUGUCUG